AUGAAUGCGCUUAAAAUUACCACUUAUAUUAUUCCCGCCUCACCAAUUCGGAGGUUAUAUGGCAAGAAUGGUGGUCAACUUCGUAUUGCUGUAAAUUCCUAUGAUCCCAUUGAAGGGCCUGGUUUUGAAAAAGAAACUUCUUGCGAUAAAACAACUAUUAUAUUUGCCGCUGCCAAUGGAUUUCAUAAAGAAAUUUACGAACCUGUUAUAAAUGGUUUAAACGAAAAAAGAGAAAGGUGGAAUGGUGGGACUAUGUGGGCUUUAGAUGGCUCGAAUCAAGGCGAUAGCGCCGUGGCGAAUCAAGAUAUUCUUCCUGAUUCUUAUAACUGGUCUGAUCUUUCCCGAGACAUCCUUCAAGUUAUAGAUUAUUUUAACAUCAAAGGACCCAUCAUUGGAGUCGGGCAUUCUUUAGGGGGAUGCGCAAUAUUAAUGGCAGAAAUACUUCGUCCCGGCACUUUCUCAUCUCUCGUGACGAUCGAUCCUGUACUCUAUCCAUAUAAAGAGUAUGCAACUUCAUCCUUUCAACUUGCCUUAAAACGAAAAGAUACUUGGCAAAAUAGAGAUGCGGCAAAAGAAAAUUUUCUCAAACACAAUAUUUUUAAAAGUUGGGACCCCGAAGUGCUAAAUAUUCAUAUUAAAUAUGGUUUACGUGAUUUGCCUUCAGGAGAGGUUACUCUUAAAUGCCCCAAAAUUCAAGAACAUUACACAUUCACGCACGAUCCAGACACUUUUAUAGAAACGUUUCAGAGGUUGCAUGAAAUUCAAUGUCCGGUAUUUUUGAUGCCAAAAUUAUCUAAAAAAUUAUUUAAAUUUAUUGCACAAAGUCCGCUGGACUUGGCGUUGUUUAAGGCGUCUAGAUGUAAACAUGGUGAUUUGAUAAUCAUUGACACAGGACAUUUGGUGGUAAUGGAAAAGCCUAAAGAAACCGCAAAAGAAAUUCUUUACUUUAUAUGUCGUCAACAGUCGAAAAAAGCAUGUGAAAAGAAAAGCAGUGUGAGUGACGGAAUUAUUCGUAAUGCGAUUGAUGAAGAGGGAAAUGAUGAAAAAGGGAGAAACGAACAAAUAAUGGAAUCCAAGCUCUAA